UAAAUUGAUCAUCCAGAGAACCAUCUGGAAGCUUCCACGGCCUUCUGGAUCUCUGUGGUUCUUCCGGACUCAUCCUUUUCUAUGCCCCGACGCCUUUUUUCGGCACUCCAAUUUUCCGAACCGCAAUUAGCUCUCUGUAAAGCGUGUACUAGAUUUCAAUUCUAGCUUCGAUUUUUUUUUUUUGCAGAUUUUGAGCAACAACAACUAGGAGGUUGAGAAGAUACACAUACAUGGGUGUAGAUUAUUACAAGAUUUUGCAGGUAGACAAGAACGCCUCAGAUGAUGAUUUGAAGAAGGCUUAUAGGAAACUUGCCAUGAAAUGGCAUCCCGAUAAGAAUCCCAACAAUAAGAAAGAUGCCGAGUCCAAGUUUAAGCAGAUCUCUGAGGCUUAUGAGGUUUUGAGUGAUCCGCAGAAGAAAGCAAUCUACGAUCAAUAUGGUGAAGAAGGUUUGAAAGGUCAGGUACCUCCUCCGGGCGCCGGAGGUCCAGGCGGUGCAUCGUUCUUCCAAACUGGGGAUGGGCCAACGAUGUUCAGAUUCAACCCUAGAAAUGCCAAUGACAUUUUUGCAGAGUUCUUUGGAUUUUCGACCCCGUUUGGAGGAAUGGGCGGCGGCGGCGGCGGCAGUGGCAUGGGCAUGAGGGGCGGUUCGAGGCCAUUUGGUGGCGGCAUGUUUGGGGAUGAUAUGUUCGCUUCAUUUGGCGAUGGCCAGCCGAUGAGCCAAGGUCCGCGAAAAGCUGCUCCAAUUGAAAGGAGACUGCCCUGUAGCCUUGAAGAUCUCUACAAAGGCACCACCAAGAAGAUGAAAAUCUCCAGAGAAAUAGCUGAUGCUAGUGGGAAGACAUUGCCUGUGGAAGAGAUUCUAACAAUAGAAAUCAAGCCUGGUUGGAAAAAGGGCACAAAAAUAACAUUCCCAGAGAGAGGGAACGAGCAACCAAACAUGAUUCCAGCAGACCUGGUUUUCGUUAUAGAUGAAAAGCCACACAGCACAUUCACAAGGGACGGAAAUGACCUAGUGGUUACAAGGAAAAUCUCUCUUGCUGAAGCUCUAACAGGUUACACGGCCCAUGUCACCACACUAGAUGGAAGGAGCCUGACCAUCCCUAUUAACAAUGUCAUCCAUCCAGACUAUGUGGAGGUUGUUCCAAAGGAGGGCAUGCCAAUACCGAAGGAUCAUUCCAAAAGAGGAAACUUGAAGAUCAAGUUCGACAUCAAAUUCCCCACAUACUUGACUUCAGAGCAGAAAUCUGGGAUUAUGAAACUUUUGGUGUCUUAAGACUAUGUCGCGUGCCGCACUCUAGUAAGAAUUUAGUAUCGUAUGAGGGUCUCUGUAAUUGAAUGCAAAUCUGUUUUUAAAUUGCUACUCGAGGCUUCACUGUCUCGAGGUGUGGCAAUAGAAGAAACAAUAAAUGUGGAUACUCUUGCAUGAAAGCUGAAUUUGAGCUUGUUAAGUUGUC